AUGGUUUCCAUUAAUGUUGUUGGUCAAAACCAUGAAGUUGUACUGAAAAAUCUAAUUCAAGCUGUAUUGGACGCACCAGGCUCUAAGAAGCUGUCAUCUUUGAGGUCAAAUUUCGAGGAAUUACUACAACGUAGCGUCGACCCGCCUUUUGAAGCUAUCUGGGUUUACUCAGCUUUACGUUAUCGAGGCUUCAGCUCGACAGAAAAUGACCUUUUCAAAAGGCUUGCAGCCGUAAAGGAUUUGUUUCAGCUUAUAGUUUCUUGCUCUGUUUCAUGUGAUUUCUUUAAAAGCAUUGCAUUAAUUGCACCUGUUAUGUAUAAUGUGUUUAGGUUGGUAAUGGGUUUAAAAGGUUUUGAGCAGAAAGCUAAGAAAGCGAAGAAGUUUGUGAGAGAGGUAAAUGGAUUGGUUGAUUCAAUUCUUGGGUAUGUUAAUGUAUGCUGUGAGGGUGUAGAGGAUAGAUGUGAUGUUUCAAAGGGCUUCCUUAGGCCAGUGAGGGAGUUAUUGACUGUUUGGAUGUGGGAUAAUACGGUGGAAGAUACUGGGGAUAAGGGAUGCAUGCGAGCUUUUUUUCCACUUCUGACUGAUGAGAUUGUUGAAGGGGUUAAUGCUGAAGGGUGUGAGCUAAGUGCAUUGGCUGGUUGUGUGAUUGCGGAGGCAUUUUUGUUGAAGUUAUGCUUGAGGUUUCUGGAGGAUGGUUCCCGAAAAGAAUUACAGGACGAAUUGAGGGCAUGGAUCAUUGCUUCCAUCACUGGGCUUCAGAAUCCAUACUUCUUUGAGACCCUUUUAAUGAUGCUGCUGGAGCCAUCUUUACCAACAGCCUCCCUACUGAAUUCGGACGAUGAGAGGUGCUUAAGAAAAAUUCUCUAUGAUGCUGUGGUACUGGUGGAAUAUUCUUUCUUAAAGCCUGAGCAAAUGGAUCAGCUCUCUGCCAAGCAUGUGAAAAGUAUUAUCAUGGCAAGACUGUUAGUUACUGGUGUAGCUGUAGAGUUGAAUAGAAAACAGAAGGACCAGACGAAAGCAAUUUCUUACACAAAUGCCUUUUCUGGUUCUAGUUUACCUCCUCUGAUAAUCAAGUGGAUCAGAAGUAAGAUUGGUACAGAAGACAAAGCGAGUGAACCAAGUAGUUCAUCCCCUGCUACAUUCUUGAGGUGGUUUCUUAACAUUGAAAAUGGUGGGAUAAGAAUCUUUGACAAUAACAUGUCAAAAAUCCGAGCUAAAUUGUUGCUCGAUAGUAUGACGGAGGGCUUUGAACAACCUGCUUUGAAAGAUGGCAAGAAAAAAUCGGAGAAUGAUAUUCUGUUCUACAUAGAUAACAAAGGAGAAGAAGAUGAGGAAGAAGGUGAUGUUAAGAUGAAUGAAUCUGCUAGUGCUGCCUUUGUAUCUGCUGCCCAUACAAUGGAAUCAGCAGAACCUGAAAGAAGAAAGCGCAAAGGAAAAGAUUCAGAACACAAAAGCAGGGUGAAGUUCCUCAAGUAUAGCCUUCGUGAAAGUUCUGGUUCAAACGGCCAGUCCUCAAUUGCAGAUAGUGAUGAUUCAAGUAGCGAGAGUGAGGUGGAGAAUCCAUUGACAGACGAGGAAUGAUAAAGUGGUUAGGAGCUCACUCAGGUUUCAAGAACACUCUCUGAAAUGGAUCGGUGUGCGUUAAACAAGUAAUGUAACAGCAGAACAUCAAUAGUUCCCAUUUAAGUUAAGCCGAAGAGAAUUACAUAUGCAUGAAGAGACAAUCUAUAUGGUGUCCAUUA